GACCCCCCGCCCAGCUGCCGCCGCUCCCCGCCGGGUCGGGGAGGCGGGGAGGGACGAGGGGGUGGGGAGACCCAGCGAAAGCCCCCAAGUGCCGUUCCUGCUACAAUUCAAAAAAAAAAAAAAAAAUUGGGGCCCGGAAAUGGGCGAGGAAGCAGCCUCGGUCGCCGCGAGAGUGUGUUUUUCAAAAAGUCGCAGCAGGCGUCUCUCCGCGGCGGCUGUGCCCGGGGCCUGGCGCUCACCUGGCAGGCGCCCGACUGCAGCCCUCUCUCCCCGCGCGGCCGCAGGUUCGGGGGGCGGGGGCGCCUCCGGCUCCGGGGCUCCGGGAGCCGAGCCUCUGCUCCUGCGGCUGCGGCUCGGUGGGCCCGCAGGCGGCGCGGGCCGAGCCCGGCUCGGGCUUGGGUCCUUCGGAAAGGGCUUCGCUCCCCCAGUUAUCCUGCAGUUCUUUCUCGGGGUGGGGUGGGGGGCUUCUGCCAGCGUGCCUCAGUUUCUUUUCUGGGCACACGUUCAGAAAGGCCGGAGAGAAAUGUAAUCCACAUCCCUGUUUUUUUCUUUUCUUUUCUUUUUUUUUGUUUUGACCUCUCCCCGAAGCUAGUGUAUUUGGUUCCUGGGCAGGUCUGGCACCCCUUGGCUCUGAGGAGUGGAAUUCUGGUACUUGAAGGGGUUUCGGUGGGGAGGCUACUGUCUUAAACGGGAGAUUCCCGGCUGCACAGAAUUUUCCUGCGUCUUGGCUUUUAGGUUGCCGCAUUCCCUGCUCCCCCAAAACCUUGCCUUACUCUCUCCUCCGGCCUACCACAGUCCCCUUAGGCUCCCAAAGAAGAUUUAGGAUCCAACGGGGUUUCUUUCUUAUGUGGGAGUGAUUCCCACAUAAGAAAGAAAAGUUGUCUUGUCUUUUCUUUUUUUCCUUUCUCUUUCACCUUUGAAUAGUUUCGCCGCUUUCUAAAAGGUUAAGAACUCAGCCUUGUGCAGGAAGGGGGGAAAAAGCUCUAAGAUUUCCAGCGUAAGUGAGUUCCUAAAGAAGAUAUAGAGGCACAAUCUCAGGCAGAGAAAAUGGGAGUCUCUCCUAGUCUGGGCGACUGAGGUCUUCCUUGGUCCCCCUACUUAGAGCCUGCACUGGCGACGCUGGUGACAGAGCCCCUCGUGGCAGGCGUCCACCGCCCUGCUGUCACCAGGUUUUAAACAAUUGUUUCUGCGGAUGGGGCGCUCCUUGCCCUUCUUCUCUGCAGAUCAGCAGUUAAGUGGAAAUGCGGUAGAUGCAGACUUAAUAUUAUUUACUAUACUACUUCCUGCAUAACAUUGAAUCUUGACCCUUGGCGUUCAGAGCCUCUCCUUCCCCCUCCCCACCCCUUCCUCUCUCAAGAUUUUAGUUUCAGUAUUGUUCUUCAUGGUUAAAGAGAAUGUCAGAUGCUGAGGUAGGUAGUGGAUUAAAAGAUCAAUAGGUGUGUGGAUUUGCACUUAAAGUCUGCAUGGGCCCCUCUCAGGGGAGCCAGGUGUGCCGCCCGCCCCUGCUGCAUGGAUCCCUGCCCUGGCUGGAUGGCGGCAAGGCUCUGGGCAGCCACCACACCGCUUCGCCCUGGAACCUCAGCCCCUUCUCCAAGACGUCCAUCCACCACGGCUCUCCGGGGCCGCUGUCCGUCUACCCGCCGGCCUCGUCGUCCUCGCUGUCGGCGGGCCACUCCAGCCCGCACCUCUUCACCUUCCCGCCCACCCCGCCGAAGGACGUCUCCCCGGACCCGUCCCUGUCCACCCCGGGCUCGGCCGGCUCGGCCCGGCAGGACGAGAAAGAGUGCAUCAAGUACCAGGUGCCGCUGCCCGACAGCAUGAAGCUCGAGUCCACGCACUCGCGGGGCAGCAUGACCACCCUGGGAGGGGCGGCCUCGACGGCGCAUCACCCCAUCACCACGUACCCGCCCUACGUCCCCGAAUACAGCUCCGGACUCUUCCCGCCCAGCAGCCUGCUGGGGGGCUCCCCCACCGGCUUCGGAUGCAAGUCGAGGCCCAAGGCGAGAUCCAGCACAGAAGGCAGGGAGUGCGUGAACUGUGGGGCCACCUCCACCCCCCUGUGGCGGCGGGAUGGCACCGGGCAUUACCUGUGCAACGCCUGCGGGCUCUACCACAAAAUGAACGGACAGAACCGACCCCUUAUCAAGCCCAAGCGAAGGCUGUCGGCAGCAAGAAGGGCAGGUACGUCCUGUGCGAACUGUCAAACCACCACCACGACACUCUGGAGAAGAAAUGCCAACGGAGACCCCGUCUGUAAUGCGUGUGGGCUCUACUACAAGCUUCACAAUAUUAACAGACCCCUGACCAUGAAGAAGGAAGGCAUCCAGACCCGGAACCGAAAAAUGUCUAGCAAAUCCAAAAAGUGCAAAAAGGUGCACGACACGCUGGAGGACUUCCCCAAGGGCAGCUCGUUCAACCCGGCCGCCCUCUCCAGACAUAUGUCCUCUCUCAGCCACAUCUCCCCCUUCAGCCACUCCAGCCACAUGCUGACCACUCCGACGCCGAUGCACCCCCCGUCCAGCCUCUCCUUCGGACCUCACCACCCUUCCAGUAUGGUCACCGCCAUGGGUUAGAGCCCCUGCUCGACGCUUCCAGGCCUCCCAGCGAGAGUCCCUCCAGACCCUCCCAUGUGCAUUUUUGCAGGAGCAGUAUCAUGAAGCCGAAGUCCCACGGAUCUAUGUUUCUGAAGGCAGAAAGCGAAACGACGGUUGCCACUUUCGCAGAAGAGCUCACUGUGCUGUGUUCUUGAUCACCGAAUCUGGAUCCCAUUUGUGAAUAAGCCAUUCAGACUCAUGUUCCCUAUUUAUCAGGGUCUCUCUAGUGCUGUGAAAAAAAAAAAAAAAGAAAAAAAAAGAAAAGAAAGAAAAUAAACCACGCCGAACAUUGCAUAUAACUUAUAUUGUAAGAAAAUACUGUACAUUAGACGAAGACGUUAUCGCAUCUGGGUAGCUGUAAGAAAGGCAUGAAAGACGCCAAGAAUUUUAAGGAACACGGGGGAAAUAAAGUGCGGAAAUUAAGAAGAAACUAGGUCUGCUCCUCUCAUGGACGAACCGCCAGUGUCAAUUCCUUGCACUGGUCGUGGUCCUUGGAUGGAUUAAAAGGAAAAAAAAAAAAAAAAAAGCAAGAAAAAAAGAAAAAAGUCGUAGGCAAAUCAUUUGUUCAAAGCGGUGGGCCUCUGUCUGGAAAAUUCUGUCGGUUCUGGGCAGUCAGUGUGGCCACUCACGCACGCACGCAUUGGCAUCGAGGGGGUCCGAGAGCCUCGCUCAGGCCUCCCCGCUUUGUGAACAAGUCCCUGUAAUUGUUGUUUGUAUGUAUAAUUCAAAGCACCAAAAUAAGAAGAGAUGUAGAUUUAUUUCAUCCUAUUAUACAGACUGAACGGUUGUACAAAUUUAUUUACUGCUAGUGUUAAGAACUACUUUCUGUUUUCUUAUUUUCCUUCUUUCUCGAUUUUUUGGUUGAAUAAACUAGAUGACCUUCAGUUGACCUAAGGUGGUCUGUGCUCCGGAGGGCUUCUUUUCCAUUUUGUUUUUUGAUGAUAUUUAUUAACUAGCUUCUAAGGGUACAGCAGCAUCUGUCUUUUCCCUCACGCCUCCCACAGCCCGGGCUUUGGGGAAGCAAAUGUUUGAGCGCCCGCCGUGCAUGCCAGGGACCUCGGCCAAACAGACGGGGUCCUGAGAGCCAUCCGCCGAUUGUCAGCGCCUGUCGUGUUCUGUGUUAGUGAUCACCGCCUCCCAUGCAGUCUGUUGGAAUACUAGUGUAAAAAUUAAGCGCAGAUAUCUUCAAACAGCCAAAUAACAUCGUUAUCAAAACGGGGUGGGGGGGCAGGCUCUUAGAGAAUCUGGUAGCUCCCGCUAAUUUAAAAACAAAACCCAAAUGGGAAGUUAUUCACUAGGAGAUAAUGCAAACAUUUAUUCCUUUGGGAAGCCGGGCAUCUUUGGAGCGCUGUCUGCAGCCCGGGGAGCAGGGAGACCGGGGAGGGGGGAGUAACUUCUGGGCCCCCUUCUGUGUCCCCUCGUGAGCUGUAGCCCCUGUCCUGCGGGGCCCGAGCAGCCACGUCUCCUUGCAGGGGCGAGGGGACCAUUCCCUCGCAGAGAUCCCGGGCGGACUGCGGAUGAUGGAUUCCCCGCGCUUCUCUCUGCAAGAGGUCAAGGAGCUGGGCUGGUGCCUGAGUUCAUCUCUGUGCUGCUUUUCUACUGUCGAAUUGAAUAUCACCGCAGUGGAGGGUUUGUUGGCAUGUUUGCGACACACGAAAUAACCGUUUUUGUAACUUAUGCUGUAUAGUUUCCUUUUACUCUGUUGACAGAACGUGUAACCCAUGGCGCACAUUUUAAAAUCUCUGUUAAAUCGCCUCUCUGCUUUCUUAGCAAAUAUUUUAAACCUAAAGCUAAAUGUUGAAAUAAAGGAGUUAGAGACUGAACUGA